UUUUUUAUCUCUGUGGAAGGGAAAGAAGACAGACGCUCGGAAGUGACGCAGCGCGUGGUUCAGGAAGUGGGAGCGUCGGGAGCUGCCAGAGGAUAGAAGAUGUCCAAGGUCACUUUCAAGGUCACGCUCACCUCGGACCCGCGGCUGCCGUACAAAGUAUUAAGUGUUCCUGAAAAUACACCUUUCACUGCUGUCUUGAAGUUUGCUGCAGAAGAAUUCAAAGUCCCUGCAGCAACAAGUGCCAUUAUAACAAAUGAUGGAAUAGGGAUAAACCCUGCACAGACAGCUGGAAACAUCUUCCUGAAGCAUGGUUCAGAAUUACGGCUUAUUCCCAGAGAUCGUGUUGGGAAAUGUUGAUACGUGCACUUACAACUGGAUAAGAUAAAUAACAGACCAAAAGUUCAGGAAGCAUCUUCACCUAGGAAUUAACCCCCUUUACCAUAAUGCAAAAUGUCUUGUAUUCCCUGUGAAAUCAUUGUGUGCCAGCUGUUAACGUCUAAGAAAAUGGUGGCUUCAGAGGUUGGAUAGCAGGUCUAGUUCACUGAAAGACAGCUGUACGUACUGAAUCAUCUUAGGGGAGGCUGAAUUUUCUUCUUAGAAAACUUCUAAAUGGGAGUCCAUUUCCAGUCUAUGGAUUUGUUUGCCUUGAUCCCGUAGUUCCUCACACGUGUGGAGGGUGCAGCAGCAGACGCUGUCAUGUGCAGUGCGGCUGUGCGCUGAGCUCCUCUGUUCAUUGAAAUGAGCGCUGGAAAGCCAACUUGUGAUCUUCCUGUGUUCUCUCCAGGGACGUUGGAGCAAGGCAGCUGCCUUUCACAGCCAUAGCAAAUUGUUUUAGUCAUCAAAGGAGUUAGAUAUGCUGAUUUGAUCAUGUGUGUAACAUUGUUUCAUUAAAUAUCUGGUCAUAAGGAACACAAUUGUGUAAUAAUAUUAAUCAAACAACAAAAUAGCAGAUAUCCCCAGUGUUUGAUGUUUCAGUAAAUGAAACUCUCUUUGACUUGUAGCUUUUAUCACAAAUUCAAGUUCAUACUUUUCAUUCCAGAAUUCUUUUUUGAAGGCUUAGGUUGCUGGUUUUGGGGAGAAAUAUUGGUAAUAUCUGUGUGUUUUAUUUAUGCCAACCAUUGUCCACAGAAAUCACUGGUUUGUUUUUGUUCAGAAUGAUGUUGUCUAGUUUCAAGAUGGCGUAUGUUACUGCAUUUUACCCUGGAUGGGUAAUAAAUUAAACUUUGUAUGGUUUAACUUGCCAGGCCUGUUGAUAGAAAA